AUGCCGCUUGCUCCUGUAGUCAAUUUGGAUGCCCGACGCACUAUUGAAAAGGCAUUCAAAGAUCUAGAAAGGACAGUAUCAGCUAGCGAUCGCAUAAGCCUCCAGGAUACAACACUUGACGAUGUACGAAAAGCAGCGCACCUGGUCGAAGACGAACUUGCGGCUCGUCAAUCGCUCCGUAAUAUGAAAAGACUUGAGCCUCUUUUUACGGGUUUGGAAUAUUACUCCAAGACAAUCGAGGUCUUAUGCAACGGGACUCCAUAUAUGCCGUGGAUCUGGGCUCCAAUCAAGCUCAUUCUCAAGAUCUCCUCCGACUACGUCGAAGCCUUUGAGAAAAUUAUCAAGGUCUAUGGCCAAAUUGCCGAACCAUUAAAAAGGUUCCAGAAGCUCAGUCGCGCAUUUUAUAGCGAUAAAGAUAUCCAGCAGACUCUCGCCACAUUUUAUUCGGAUAUUCUCAAAUUUCAUACAGAAGCAUAUCAGUUUGUUCGCCGUGGUUCCUGGCGACUACUAUUUCUUACAUCGUGGGGCCGGUUCCAACGGCGUUUUGAAAGCAUUAUCCAAGAUUUGAAGGCUCACGAAGAAUUAGUUGAUAAGAUGGCUGCUGCGACUAACAUUGCCGAAUCAAAGGAAUUGAGGCAGAAGAUGGAAGCCUGGAGACAGGAACAAGUGGACAGAAUGGCUAAGGGAGAGACAGAAGAGAUCACAAGGCAAUACCUUGCAAUCACCAGCUACCUCAAGGUCGAUGAAUCUAUAAACGCAAAAACCUUCGAUGCUAUUGCUACAGAGGCAGUUGAAAGUGUCGGGACGAGCAGCUGGAUCUUGAACCAGUCUGAGAUACAGGGUUGGUUAAAAUGUCACCCCUCUUCCACAUUCGUCCUUCUUCACGGGCGUCCUGGAAGUGGGAAGAGUGUGCUGGCAACGCAGAUCGUCCAGUUCCUCCAGGCAUCCCAGCAAUCAUUAACCAUGUCACAUUUCUGCACAUAUGCUUAUGAAGAGUCCAUGGACUAUGACAAGCUAUUGAAGAGUCUUCUUCUGCAGCUCAUUCGCUCGGACAGAGACCUCAUCGAUUAUGUAUAUGAUAUGUUACUGCGCAAAAGGAAGGUUCCCAGCUAUAAACUGGUCGAAGCACUCAUUUUAGACUCGAUACGCGCCUCGUCACUUGACCCUUCACGCACUAAGUACAUCCACGUCGUCAUAGAUGGACUAGACGAAUGCGAUCAAGCGACGCAGUCUAAAGUCACAAAACUUAUGAGGCGCAUGGUAUCUGCCGCCUUCUCAUCCGGUUCGACUAUCUGCAAAGUAUUGCUUUCGAGUCGCUCUUCUCCUGCAAUCACGAAAACGGCAAAACAAUCGCAAACAGUGUGUCUCUCUAACGAGAACAAGCACCUAGAAAAGGCCAUCGAGGCGUAUGCAUUAUACAGACUUUCUCUCCUCGAACUGGAGCUUUCUCAACUACAAGUGACUUCUAGCGAUAUCUCUGACCUGAGUUGUCGUAUUGCGAAAAGAGCAGAAGGUAAUCCCCAGCCCUGGUAUGUUCUUGGACGAGAGGAAGUUUUGUCCGCCCCUGAAGCCUUGCCCCGAGCACUGCAGCAAUUCUAUGAGAAGAUCUUGACACAAACAACUGCUCACUUUGACGAGCGGUCUCUGGAGCGCAUAAAACUAAUCUUCGAGUGGAUCGCAUUUGCGAAAAGACCUCUUCGAAAGGCUGAGUUCCGAUCUGCUUUGGCUUUCAGCUCCGGAAACCCGAUGACUGACAAACUGGCACCUCAAUAUUUGUUUGACAGGUGCAGUCCCCUGAUAGAGGAGCGACACGACUCAACAUUCGCAUUUAUCCAUGUUUCUGUGAGAGACUAUCUGGAAAGCAGUGAUAGCAUAAUGCCCAUUGAUGAGUCUAGCAGCGUCGUGUCACAUGGGCAAGCAAUCGCAGCGUGUCUUGUCUCUGGCUUGCAAAUUUUCACGCCGAAUUAUCCCGAACAUAAGCGUCAAUUGAGAGUUCUUCGUGGCAUUCAUGCCUUCCACACUUAUGCCAGCCAAUAUUGGGUGCAUUAUGUGCUCGACAACUGCAGUGCUCCCGAGACAAUGCACCGAUCCAGUUUCUUGGCCUUAUGCAGCGAGCUCCGUGACAAGUUCAACCCAGCGUCUGAUACCUGUCACAGCGCGGAUAUUGGGACGCCCACUUGUCUUGACCCACGGCUAGCGGCAGUUCAUUCUGCGGACAAAUCCUUAGGCGUAGUAGUUCAGCGAAUAUUGGAAGAAGAGCGAAACCAGUAUCUAGAGGAACCAUCGCUAGAAGGUUCCCUCGGUGCCUAUCCUCAUAAUGAAGAAAUGGUAAAUCAAUCUCCUGGGGCUUCCAGCCACGAAACGUUAGACAUGCUUGCCGAGCAGCUCCUGGCUGCCAGCGAGAGAAACGCCGAGAUCCUUGUUGCCCUUGCAACCUCAGUAGAAGCCCAGAAAGACAAUUACUCAGGCUCACGGCACCUUUGGUACAAUAGCCCGGGAAGCGAUUUCAAAUCGUCUCUGCCCAUCGGCAACGGCAGACUAGGUGCACUUGUCCAAGGCUCCACCUCUGAGAAAAUCAUCAUCAAUGAAAACUCGGUAUGGAGCGGACCUUUCCAAGACCGUAUCAAUCCAGGCUCGUUGGAAGGAUUUCCCAAGGCUCGCAAGCUGUUGACCGAGAACAACUACACGGGAGCUGCGGGGUUCGCAGCAAGCGACAUGUACGCAAACCCCCCGACGAAUAGGUGGUACAGCGUGACAGGAAACCUGCUGUUGGACUUUGGACAUGAGACCGAAGACAUCUCGAACUACGAAAGAUGGCUUGACACUCUGAACGGCAACACUGGUGUCAGCUAUGAUAUCAAUGGAGUCACCUACACUCGGGAGGUUGUGGCCAACUUUCCUCUUGGCGUCAUUGCAGCGCGUUUCACAGCAAGCAAGAAUGGUUCCCUCGCGAUGGGCGUGAGCCUUGACCGCGACAGAGGUGUCCUUAGUAACGACGCAAGUGACGGAGUAAACAGUAUCACGAUGGAUAUUGGAGGCUCGGGAGCAGACGCCAUUCCUUUCACUGCAGGCCUUCGCAUCGUUUCAAAUGAUGGAACUAUAAAGGCAGACGGAUCUGUCUUGAACAUCACGAAAGCCUCCAGUGUUGAUCUCUUCUUGGAUGUGGAAACAAGAUUCCAGUGGAGUUCCGAGUCUGACUGGAAAGCUGGCCUUGUGGACAAGCUAGACGAGGCAGUCAAGCGUGGUUUCGAGUCUCUCAAGACCGAAGCCAUCUCAGACCAUCAAAGCCUGAUGGAGCGUGUAGAUCUCGACCUCGGAUCAAACAACAGCACCUCUAGCCAGCCAACAGACAAGCGAGUGAGCGCAUAUUCUAGUAACCCCGACGAUGACCCUGAGUUUGUUACGCUGAGUUUCCAAUUCGGCCGCCACCUACUUGUUUCUGCCUCUAGAGACGCUGGCGGUUCUGGUCUAGGAGUUCCAGCAAACUUGCAGGGUAUUUGGAACGAUAUGUAUAAUCCUCCCUGGGGAAGCAAGUUCACCGUCAACAUCAACACAGAGAUGAAUUACUGGCUAGCUGAAACAACCGAUCUUCCUGACACCCUCAGACCACUUUGGGACCUCAUGUAUCGCAGCCGCGAUAAAGGAUCAGAAGUUGCCACCAAGAUGUAUGGCUGUCCAGGCUAUGUGUCGCACCAUAAUCUUGACCUCUGGGGUGACUCCGCUCCUCACGACAGUGGGACAGCUUAUACCAUCUGGCCAUCAAGCAACCUGUGGCUGUCUCAGCACAUGAUGGAGCACUAUCGAUUUACUGGUGACGAGACGUUUUUGAGAGACAAGGCUUGGCCAGUAUUCAAAGACAUCGCUGCAUUUUUUGACUGCUAUCUCUUUGAGUUUGAUGGCAAAUGGACCUCCGGGCCGUCGACCUCCCCCGAGAAUGUUUUCGUUAUUCCCAAAGAUGGGUCAGAGGCCGGUAGCGACGAGUCCCUCGAUAUUUCCACUACUAGUGACAACUCUCUGCUGCGCGAAUUCUUCUCCAACGUCAUCGAGGCUGCAGACAUCCUUGAUAUUGACCUUAGCGCAGAUAAGGUCCUUUCGAAGGCGAAGACCUACCGAGAUGGUUUACGACCCACCGAAAUCGGGGCUCGAGGUCAAAUUCAAGAGUGGCGUAAAGACUAUACAGAGGCUGAACCGGGACAUCGCCACUACUCACAUCUCGUCGAUCUCUUCCCCGCCAGAGCGAUGUCCCCUCUUCUCAACAAGACUCUUGCAAAUGCAGCCCAGAAGAGCAUCGAGCUUCGCCUCGCUGCGGGCGGUGCAUCCACUGGCUGGUCACGCGUGUGGACAGCAGCACUUUAUGCUCGAUUGCUCAAUGGGGACAAGGCUUAUGACAAUAUUCAGACUCUACUAGGCCGUCAUCCCGCCACGAACUUGUUUCAUAACAUCGAGCCUGGUCAAGCGUUCCAGAUUGACAGCAAUUUUGGUCUUGUUGCUGCGGUGGCGGAGACUCUGCUUCAGAGCCAUGCUGGUGUUUUGCAUAUCUUGCCUGCACUGGGGUCUCAGGUGAAGACUGGUUCCGUUUCUGGACUUGUUGCUCGUGGAGGUUUCCAAGUAUCCAUCGUUUGGAAGGACGGGCUUCUUGUGCAAGCGAAAGUCAAAUCUAGACUAGGCAAUACUCUGAAGGUGAGGGUUGCUGAUGGUUCAAGCUUCAAGAUUGAUGGGCAGGAAGUGGAUCAGGUUGAGACCGAAUCAGGACGAACGUAUACUGUUACUCUCGCUUGA